UCUACCAGAAUAAAAUAAUCAGUGUUAUGUUGAUUGUUGAAGAGAUUGCAUAUUAUUGUUUAACAAAAUUCUUGUUUACAACAUAAAUUAAAUACAAUUAUCAAUAUAAAAAUGUUUGUUACGUUAGGGAAAAUAUGCAAUGCAACCGCACUGAGAAAUAUUAGACAGAUUCAAACCUCAGCUUUUCGUGCAUCCGAUCAUCUUUUUGUCCAUCGUGAUUCAGAGCAAGAUAAUCCCAGCAUCCCAUUUGAAUUUAAUGAUGCUAAUAAAAAACGAGUGGAAGCAAUUCUUGGAAUUUAUCCAGAAGGUCACAAACGCGGCGCAAUGAUUCCUCUGCUAGAUCUAGCUCAGCGUCAACAUGGAUGGUUACCAAUAUCUGCUAUGCACAAAGUUGCUGAGAUUUUAAAUGUAUCAAACAUGAGAGUCUAUGAAGUUGCAACAUUCUACACGAUGUUCAAUCGUCGACCAAUGGGAAAAUAUCACGUACAAAUUUGUACAUGUACUCCAUGCUGGCUACGUGAUUCCGAUUCAAUCGUUGAAGCUGUAGAAGCAGCAACUAACUGUAAACUCGGUGGUACAUCUGCUGAUAAAUUAUUUACUCUUUCGGAAGUUGAAUGUCUUGGAGCUUGUGCUAAUGCUCCAAUGCUACAAGUUAAUGAUGACUACUAUGAGGAUUUAACAGCAGAAACAACAAAAGAAAUAAUAAAUAAAUUAAAAGCUGGUGAACGACCACCGCCAGGUCCACAAAAAUCUCAACGAUUUGCAGCAGAUCCAGCUGGUGGGCUUACGUCAUUAACAGCACCACCACCUGGACCUGGUGAUUUUGUACGAAGUGAUUUGUAAUAAAUAAUCAAUUAGAUUAUAAAAAAGUUAGUCUACUUUAUUAUAUUACAUAUAUAGGUAUCUAUAAAAAACAACAUUUAUCAAUA